AUGGCACCAUCUAGGGGACUGGCCUUGUUGCGGGCUCGACUGGGACUUUCCGCGCGCUCCUCCGCAUCAUGCAUUGGUGUCGGCGGCGUCAGGAACUUUGCCUCGUUCACGGACACGCUGUCGGACCCAAAGAACAAGCUGCAGAGCUAUAUUUCCACCAGCAACGACCCGUAUCUGAACCUUGCCAUUGAGGAUCACAUACUGCGGAAGUCGCCGCCACACAGCACCGUCUUGUUCAUGUACGUGAACAGGCCAUGCGUAGUCAUCGGCCGCAACCAGAACCCGUGGACGGAGGUCAAUUUGGGCAUUCUCCACGCAGCACGAAACGGCAACGCCCAGGACAUGGAGACGGAACCGCCAGGCAUUGGCGCCAUCGACUUGGUGCGCCGUCGCUCCGGAGGCGGCACCGUCUUCCACGACGAGGGCAAUCUCAAUUGGAGUGUCACGUGCCCUCGCAGCGACUUCACGAGGGACAGGCAUGCCGAGAUGGUAGUCCGCGCCUUGCGCAAACUCAACGUCGACCGCGCCAGAGUCAACGAGCGCCACGACAUUGUUCUCGACCAAGGCCACGAGAAGCUCCCCUCGGACCCUGAGGACACGCACCGCACGCCCUACACCGUCCCCGAUGGCGCCCUGCCCAAGCCGCUCAAGGUCUCUGGCUCUGCCUACAAGCUCACGCGCUUGAGGGCAUUGCACCAUGCGACAACCUUGCUGAGCUCGCCCAACCUCCACAUCAUACCACGGUACCUGCGAUCUCCCGCGAAGAGACACAUACAGGCAAAGGGCGUCGAGAGCGUGAGCUCACCCGUCGGCAACAUUGGCUUGGACGUCAAGCCAUUCCAACAACGCCUGCAAGAAGAAUUUGCCAACAUGUAUGCCGCUGUUGGGGAUGCAGACGUAGUAGCGACCGUCGGCACCGACCACCUCAAGGUUCCCGAUAUCAAGAAGGGUUACGACGAACUCCGCACUGAAGACUGGAUGUGGUCACAAACACCACAGUUUGAUCUCCUGCUCGACACGCCCGACGACAUCGGCAUCAGCAUGAACGUGCAUCAUGGCAUUAUCAAGAGCUUGGAACUCAAGCAUUCUCGUCUGUCGCCCAGAACACAGGAUCAACUGCGGAAGGCUUUGGUGGAACGAAAGCUGCAGGACAUCCGCGAGUGGUCCACCUUCCUGCAAACUCAACUUGGAAAGCUGGAAGACCGUACGUCAGGCAUUGCGAGCCGUCUGGAUGAACUCAUGCCAGUGCCCAGGCUGGCUGAUUCUUAG